ACAGCCUGAGCCAUGUGUUUCAGUGGCUGGGGUUCAGCGUAAGCAAACAUGACAACCUGACUAAAGCUUGCCUGGAGAAGGUUCUAGAGAAGUAUAAGAGUCACCCGGACCACGCUGGUGCAGACUGCUUCGUGUUCUGUGUGCUGACCCAUGGGAACCUCGGGACGGUCUACUCUACAGAUGAGGCCCCCAUCCCCAUUCGGGAGAUCAUGUCAUAUUUCACAGCCCAGCAAUGCCCCGGAUUGGCUAAAAAACCGAAACUCUUUUUUAUCCAGGCCUGUCAAGGUAGUGAGAUACAACCAUAUGUGUCCAUUGAAGCAGAUGCCGUGAACCCUGAGAACACAGAACAGUGUUCUAUUGGGGACAGUAUUCCCACUGAGGCAGAUUUCUUGCUUGGUCUGGCCACUGUCCCAGGCUACAAGUCCUUUCGGCACAAGAAGGAAGGCAGCUGGUACAUUCAGUCUCUGUGUAGUCAUCUGAAGAAGUUGGUGCCAAGGUGA